GUCCUGUAAAACAUAAACGAGUGCCUUUAAUACUCCAUGUGUCUUAUCUACCACAUUUGCAUUUGAACAUCAAAUAUGAUAUGAUCAUAACACGGAUAAAAUAGUGCUUUUAGGUGAGCAGCGGGUUCAACAGCUUGACUAAACUUUCGGAAGAGUUACAUGUUAAAGAAAGCCAUGGGUCUUUCAAUAUAUUACUUACUUAUAACUGGAAUAGGUCUUGUAUUAUUCACACAAGUAUUAAGAGCACAGGAUUUGUAUGCGCACAUUCCACUAUGCCCUGGUUCGUCACUUUGUAAAUGUGAGAAAUUGUCAGAAGACGGUUUUUACGAUGUUUACUGCAACGGGAAUGAAAAAAGACAAGACAUAAAUAUGAAAAUACCUCCAUACAAGAUAAGAACUCUAACUGUUGAACAAUUUAGUUUCCAGAAACUAUCAGCAAAAAUAUUUCCACAAAAUAUCACUGUUCAGAGAUUCCAUUCCAUAAAAAAUGAAAUUUGGAAUAUGAACAACGAUACGUUUCACAAUUUUCAGUCGCUGAGUGAGGUUCACUUUUCUGAUAGCACACUCAAGCAACAAUUUCAGCUAAUGGAAGCUAUUGGCAGAAUAACUGGUGACGGGAACAUUACGCUGGUUAUUCAGGGAAUGCAGCUCAAUAAUAUAAAUUCCUCAUAUAUCAAGUUUCAAGGAUCGGUGAAGCUAACAGAGAUUCAGCUUACUCGCAAUAACAUGGAUACAUUUAGACCAGAGUUGCUGACAAAUUUAGACUAUUUGGAAGAUGUAUCUGUAGCAGAUAAUGUUAUAAGUUGUUUCAGUGAAAAUAGCACACAACUCCAUCCAUUGAAGCGGUUAGAUAUGAGUAAUAACAGACUUGCACCCGAUAAUAUAGCCUUUUGUUUUGACAACGGUAGCAGCCUGUUUCCUAACCUCACAGUAUUGAACGUUUCUGGGAACUUUAUUUCUACUAUACGAGAAGACUCUUGGCGAUGUAUGGAUAAGCUAGAAAUUCUAGAUCUGUCUAAUAACAACAUAAAGCAGAUAAACAUAAGCAACAUAUCUCACUUGGUGUCUUUAAAGCACCUUAUUCUUAAAAAGAACUGGAUAAAUUCAAAUUGGGGAAUUCAAGCCGGGAAAUACCCACCACAUCUGGAAUAUCUUGAUUUAAGUGAUAAUCAAUUUAUGACAUUUAUGCCAAAAUUGUGUGACAACUCGAGCAACAAAAUCAUAAGCAUACGUCGUAUGGACCUGAGCUAUAAUCAUAUAAGUGUUUUGAACGAUAAUUUCACUAAAUGUCUAUGGAAUCUUUCAGAAUUGUACCUCAGUAAGAAUGCAAUUACAACAUUAAACGAUCACUCUUUUGCACAGUUUCCAAAUCUCAAAGUGUUACAUAUUGAUAUGCAAAUUCGUGGGUUAAUUACAAUAGACGAAAAUGCAUUCGAAACGAAUCUUAAAGAGCUGAAUUUGAAGACAAAUUUUAUAGAAUUUACUAACGAAACUUCCAGUAGGACAUUUAACAGUUGUACUGGUGUAACAAAUCUCAUCUUAACUGACAAUGUUGUCAAGGAUAAGACAGCAUUUUUCUCAUCGUUAUCCCGUUUAAAACACCUGGAGGUUCUUGUUCUGGAACGAGUAGGUCUGACCGAAUUUCCAUACGAACUCUUUACGUUUGACAAUCUUCAUAAAAUAGUAAUCGACCUAAAUGCAAUUGAAAGAAUCUAUUUUCCUCCGAAUACAUCCUUUAAGAGCAAUGUGACAUAUUUUUCUGCUGAGCAGAAUCAAAUUGUGUUCACAGAGAACAAAAGUACUUUACCAGAUGCAGUUUUGAAAACUUUAAAAGAAGUGAAUUUUGGAAAAAAUAUUUUUGAUUGUUCGUGCGAUACAUAUUCAAGAUGGUUUCGAAGCCAGAUAGCAGAACACGAAUCACAAGGCUAUUUCCAACGCAUUAGACUUAUUGGAUGGCCACAUAAUUAUAUUUGCCACUCGCCAGUGAAAAUGAUUGGAAAAGAAUUAGCGGACUUCCAUCUUUCGGGCGAAGACUGUCGCGAAUCACUAAUCAUUGUGUAUAUAGCAAGCGCAUGUACAGGAUUUGUUGUUUUUGUUAUGGCAGUCGUUUCUUAUUGGAACCGAUGGUACAUUCAGUUCCAUUGGCAUAUGUUUAAGAAGAGUUGCAAACGAAUACGAACGAUUGCAGAUCCGGAAAGAGAACACCUGAUAGAAGAAAGUGGACUUCUUUACGACGCAAACGUUAUUUACAGUGAGAAUGACAGUAAGUUCGUGCUUAAAGAUUUACGGAGGCUAGUAGAAGAGAAAUUACACUAUAGACUGCUCUUAUGGGACAGACAAGGCGCUGUAGGGGGUACUAAAUCGGAUGCUUACUUCGACGCUAUGGAUGCUUCAAAGAGUGUCAUUGUUGUUGUUUCGAACAGUUUGAUAAAGGACGCUUGGUGUGAGUUUCAAAUAGACAUUGCUUUGAUGAAAAAAAUCGAGACUAGAGGGAAAAGGAAGAUAUUCCUUGUCAUUCUGACGGAUGUGGAUUUAGAAUCUGUGAGUAAAUCCUGGUGUGUUCUUUUAGCCAAGAAAAAUAACGGUAAAUGGUGCGGAACUGAGAAUAGCAUACGUAGAAAAGUAUUUGUAGAGGACCUGAAAGCAACAUUGGGAAAACCAUUGUCGGUCGAAUACAGCCGAUCUCGUUCUCGCGAGGAUUCAAACAGCUCAAAUUAUUAAGUGGCAUGACACAAAUCGCAUAGUAAUGAAUAGUUAUAGCUGUUCAACGGUUGAAAAGGUGAAACACUGUGCUUGGUUUCAAAACGAUAGAAAUUUUCACAAACACUUCAAAGGUUGUUUAUAAAUAUUUGUUCGCUGAUCUCAAAUUAUUUUCUUUUACCGGAGUCUUGUUUACUCAAAUCUGCCUAGAUUGUAUGUGCAAAGAGUCGCAAGAAAUAGAUCUAGAUGCGAUGACUUAUACAUGCCAUGAAGUGUACCGUGUGAAAUCAUGUUAUAUAAUUAUUGAGUAAGCCACUGAAUAUGACCUGAUAUGUUUUACUUUAUAAUAAUUUCGUUUUGUUUUGUUUUUAAUUUCAUUUAAAAGAAAACAAUGCGUUGAUUUAAAAAAAAACUAGGAAUCAUAUCGUUUUUUUUUUAAAUUAAUUGGUUCUCAUUUUCUUUUGAAAGCUAUAGGGGAACUGAGGAAAGAACUAAGAACUAAAACAGUUUUGUAUUUAUUAAUGGAAUGACAUUCUUAAUUAUGAUCAAAAUUAUGAGAACCCCUCAGUGAAUAUUACAUAUAUAUGUUCACGUCAAUUAUUUGCUGAAGCAAUGAUAAACUUAUAGGUCGUAUUAUAUGUUAUAUUAUUCAAGUACAUGCUGGUUGGGGUACACAUGUUCAAUGUGUAUAUUUGUUGUAUAUAAUCAUGUUUGAAUUGUAUAUAUUUUAAAAACGAGCAAAAGCGGGCUAGAAAUAUAAUGAAUUUCUUUUCUAUCAGUUUCCGUAUUCUGACUGUUAUCGGUGUAUAUUUUGUAGAUAUACUCAUUACAUUGUAAGUACAUGUUCACUUGUAUUUGUCAUGUAUGGAGGAUGAGUUACAAAAGUCAAAUAUAUAAACUAACGUUUACUUGUUUAAUACCGUACAGAAACUGACUGAUAUUCAUUUGCACAGAGAAUUGUAUAUUCAAACUAAAAAUCUUUAAAAGCAUAACAAAAGCUUGUAGAAUAAAUGGAGCAUUGUCUGUUACAUUGAAAAAAAUCAUAUAUAUACAUAUGAACAAAAGACCUUUUAAUUGAGCACAAUAAAUGUUGAUGCCCAAAUGUUUUAAUUGUAAUGCACUGUUUUGUUUCAUAUUUGUCAUUAAUGAUCAAACAAUUGAUUUUGUGUAUAUAUUAAAACGAAAUUAUCGAUAUUUUUGCGCUUUUUAACUUGGUAAUGUGUGGUCAGGUAGCUUAAUUAAUUGAAAAAAAAUAUUCAUAAAGGCUAAUAUGUUUUACAAAAAUCAUAGUCUUUUUUAUCUGUAUAGUUAUAUUGCAUAAAAUAAACAAAUAAUUGUUUGUUUGCAUCAACCUAUGUUAUACGCCUUUAACUCUCAUGUUUGAUGGCUAUAUCAUAUAUCUUUCAAACUUAUUUUGAACGUCUUAGUAUAUCAAGUGCAUCGUACAUGUAUUUAACAGCUUUGGUAUGAUCCUGUGACGACCUGGUUUCUGUUAGCCAUAGUCCGUGACGAAUAUGAUACACCCUGUCAUAAAACUACAUAGAUGAACUGUCAUGCUUGACAAUGUUCACACUAACUAUUGAUAUAUGUUUUAAAAAAUAAAAUAUUAUUAAAGA